AUGGCACCCUCUUCGAAUGCUGUCGUGGGAAUUGACGACGAUCAGCGCUUCGCGUUGAUGAAGUUCCGAAGGAGUGUGAAAGAUGUUUUAAAACCAGAACACAAUGAUCAUUUUCUGCUGCGAUGGCUCAGAGCUAGGCAAUGGGACCCGGAGGCAGCCGAAAAAAUGCUGAGAGACUCCCUGAAAUGGCGAGAGAAAUGGGGUAUCGACACCACUCUUCAAACUUGGGAGGCACCAGAGGUGUUAUCCAAGCAUUUCCCCAGCGGGUCUACCGGCUUCGACAAAGAAGGAUCUCCGGUAAUCAUCGUCCCGUUCGUGGGGCUAGACGUAUGGGGGCUCCUACACUCCGUGACAAAGACUGAUGUGAUCCGCAUGGUGCUCAGACACCUGGAGAACUACCUCGCCAGCGCUAGGAAACAGGCCGCAGAGCAUGGUCCAGCCGCGUUGAAGGUGACAGUCAUAUUCGACUUGGAAGGUUUCAAUAUCAAACAGUACGCGUGGAAACCAGCCGCCGAGAUGGUAUUCUCCUUGUUGCAGCUGUACGAAGCCAACUACCCUGAGAUACUGAAGAUCUGCUAUAUUAUUAACGCUCCCAAAGUAUUCUCCCUGGCAUUCGCAGUCAUCAAGAAGUUUAUGCACGAGUACACAAUCUCCAAGAUAAAGAUCUAUGGGUCUGACGCUAAGAAGUGGCAGGCACAGGUUCUCACCACGGUAGAUAAGGAGCAGCUUCCUGUGCACUAUGGAGGUACCAUGGUAGACGACAAUGGAGAUCCUAGAUGUUCACUUAUUGUGAAGCCAGGUGGUAAAGUUCCUAAAAGCUACUACUCCAGCAACCAGACGUUCGAUUCGGACAAGGAGUUCAAGCGAGUCACCAUUAAGACUGGAGAGAAACAUGUCAUCGACCUACUCUGCUCAGAUAAUGAUAGUGUUUUGAAAUGGGAGUUCGGAGUGGACCAGCAUGACAUAAAAUUCGUAAUAAAACGACGAGAUGAAGAAGGCAACGAGACUGUUGUGCAUGGGCCCCGGAAGGUGACCGAAGGACCCGCAGACGUUGGCGUCAUGGCCGUUAACGGACCAGCCACAUAUUCAGUGAUUUUCGACAACAAGAGUGCUUUCCUUCGCAGCAAAAAGGUUUAUUAUGAUGUCCUGAUUUCUGUACCAACGCGGGACUUGAAUAUCAGUGACGAUCUCACGGACGAAAUUCAGACUGCCGCAGCAUGCAGCACCACUUUAUAA